AAAGACAAAAACGUAGAGCGCGACUGAGCUUUUCGCGGAAAAGUCGAAUCGCGGAGAAUUCAAAGUGCCGUUGGUUUUCUAGAGAUGGAUAGUGCGUGUUUAAACUCGCGCCGUUAAGUUCGAUUAGUUUUAAUCGAUAUUUGCGAACGACGCAAGGAGCUGGGCCUUCAACACUGGAUUUGUGCCAUCCCUAAAUCGGUUUGUUUACGAAAGGCAUCAAAAGGAAAUGGACGAUUCGGAUUCAAAUGAAGUUCUUAUCGAGGAAAUAGAUAGCAAUGAUGUGCCGGAGAACGAGCUGGAGCAGUUCCAGGAGACGGAGCCGCUGCGCGUGGUGGACAUCAUCGAUUGCGACGUAGAUGGCGAGCGGCGCAACUUCGAGGCGGACGAGGAGGAAGGAGCUCUAAUCAAGCGCUAUGUGCAGGGCGUCCAGUGCCUAGAGUUCCCGGAUUUCUGCACCAAACUGGAGGCCAGCGACGAGGACGAGGAGGAGCAACUUGAGCCAACAACCAACAUAGAGGAGCGGCCGAGCACUUCGGCUCAGGCGAAGCAACAGCAGGAACAGCCGGCCGGAAGUGGUCGCUCCGGAGGUGGCUUCCGCAAGAGCCAACUAAGUACAGCCCUGCAGGGAUUGAUGGGCGAGGCCAACCUAAGCUUCGUGUACGGGCGGUUCGAAACGGCCGAGCGUAUCUGCAUGGAGAUUAUCCGGCAGAACCCGCUGGCUAGCGAACCCUUCUACACGCUUGCCGAGAUCUACGAAAACCGGGACGAGGUCAAGUUCCUGAACUUUUCCACGCUGGCGGCCCAUCUGAAUCCCCAAGAUAGGGACAUGUGGAUCAGGGUCUCCGACUUGCUCGUACAGCAGGGCAAUCUGGCCCGUGCCCGUCUCAUCUACACCAAGGCCAUCAAAAUGCUGCCCAAGGUGUAUCAACUGCGUCUGCGAAAGGCGCAACUGCUGCAGAAAAUGGGCGAAACCAAUGCUUCCAUGUUUACGUAUUUGAAGAUGCUGCCCUUGAUGCCGCCGGAGGAGUGGAAGAUGUGCUUGAAUACAGCGAAGAACGUGGCUCGCUACUUCCACGUUCUGGAGAAGCACACGCUGGCUCUGGAGGCCAUGGAGGGAGCGUACAGCGUGUGCGGGGGGCGCUUCACGCUGGAGGACAUCAACAUCUACCUGGAACUGCUCAUCCUUAACAAGCAGUAUGCGAAGGUUCUCCGCUGUCUGCGCGAGCGCACAAACUUCGAGCUGGAGAACGACCAGGAGGAGAGUCUGGAGCUGAUAUACUUCUGCGAGAUCCCGGAUGACUAUGUGCCCGAGUUGCGAGCCAAGCUCUGCGUCAGCCUCAUCCACAUGCGGGCGCACCAUCUGCUGGGCUAUCUCAUCCAGAACGUGCAGGAGCACAUCACUCUGACGGCGGAUCGUGUGGAGCUCUACAUGGACAUCACGGAGGCGCUGAUGCAGGAACACAAGUACGCCGAGGCCAUUGCGCUGAUGAGUCCCAUCACCGAGGGCGACACCGUUGAGUGUCCGGCGUUCGUGUGGCUGCGGCAAGCAGAGUGCCUGCGCCAGCUUAACCGCACCAACGAGGCCAUCCAAAGCUACGAGAAGGUGGUGCAGCUGGCGCCCUUCUGCUAUGAUGCGCGGUUCACCCUCUCCGCGCUGCUGAAACAGCAGGGCCGACACGAGGAGGCCGUUCAGGCACUGGAGCAACCAGGCGAGGCCGAGGGCCAGCCGCUGGUGGCCAGAUUGUUGUACGAGCGGUGUGUUAUGUUGCAGCAGAUCGGGCGCAUCGAGGAGUUUCUGGACGUAGGCUACGCCCUGCUCAGUCGGCACUCCAUCAAGCUGUACAACCGCGAGGAGAUGAUGGCAGCCGCCAACGGAGGCAGUGCCUACAACUCGGAGAGCUUGAAGACCAUCAUCCAGAUGCGCAGCAAGGCGGUUGAUGUCUCAGCGGAGCAGGACCUGCAGGAUCCCGCCAAGAACGCAGCCAGUGAGGCCUCUGACCUGACCGUCAAGGACGAGUUCAAUCUCUUUCAAGAGCUGGUGCGUACGGCUUUUAAGCACGGCAUGCACAGCGCCGCCGAGAAGAUCUGCUUCGCCAUGGUAACCACAAAGAGGUUUACGUACUACCACCAUGAAAUUGAGAGAAUCAUGGUGCUCACCUGUUACUACAACGACGACUGCGCCAUCGCCUUCUCGUAUUUGCGGGAGCUGAUUGCCAAGCAGCCUUGCCAAACGACGCUGUGGAACAUGCUCUCGCUGAUGAUUCAGAAGGGCGAUGAGGUUCGCUACUAUCGCUACAUUCGGCGGCUGAUGCAACGCCAUCCGGUGGAUACGAAACCAAUGCGAAUCUUCCAGGGGCAUUACCACUUGAACUGCGCCUCCUUCAAGUAUGCCUUGAACAUCUACAUCCCCAUUCUGCGCGAGAGUCCCGAUCCCCUGGUGGCUCUCUCCAUAGCCGUUGCCUUCAACCAGCUGUCGCUGCAGAAGAAGGUGCUACGCAAGUCGGCGGCAGUGGCCCAGGCGGUGGCCUUUGCCCAGCGCUACAAAGAACUGCGAUCAGCUGGCCACGAGCUCUCCGACUGCGCCGCCCAGCAGGAGAUCUUCUACAACAUCGGACGCAUUUACCACCAGGCAAACAUCCUGCACUUGGCAGUGGAGUACUACGAGAAGGCCCUGGCAGUGCCCGUUCACCCGCUAGUUGCCGAACACGAAUCCACCCUGGGUCUGCAACACGAGGUGGCCUUCAACUUGCACCUCAUAUACCGAGCCAAUGGAAACAAGUGGAAGGCCCGCCAGUAUCUGAUGCGCUACUGUGUGGUCUAAUGAAGGGCAUGCUACGAAUCCUGGAAUUUGUAACAGUUACCUGCUCUUAGUUAAUGUUGAUCCCAUUUUGUUAUUUACUUUAAUUUGUCUUUAAAUUGAACGCUUUGUUUGUCUGUUGAAGAACUUUUGAGUACUAAACUAAGGCCACUGCAAAGUCGAAUUUAUAGACCCUGAUAAGCUAACAAUACCGGGGGAUCCCAAUUUUCCGCUAACCAAUCUGUUGAAAAUUGAAUAUUGAGAGAUGAAGGGGAAACUGGGAGCUUAAAUAAUGCGAGAAUCAACUUAUUAGUAACGAAAUCAACCAACGUCCGCUUUAUUCUCAUGCCUUUGUUUCCAUGACUCAUAAACGUAAAAUUGUGCAUCCGGUCACGUAGAAGGUGUUUCGGUUAAAUAACUGUAAAGGGUUCUUAGUCAACUGCAUUUCCAAGAAAUUGCAUUUAUGGGUUUUUAAAGAUAAGCGCUAUAUGAACUUUAAUGUGUAACUGCGAUCUUAACUAUGCAGUUGUAUUUUAUUAUUGGACUUUUAAGAUUCUGUUUACUAUAAUUAUUAUUAUAAAUAACAUCGUCAAUAGGAAACAAACUCCAGCAAAUUGUAUAAAACACGUCUUUAUUUAGGAUUUCAGAAGUUACAAUUAAAAAACUUUAAACCCA